CUCCACGCUGCGUAACCAACACCUCAGCGAGGAUGGACGGGUGGAUGGACGCAUGGAUAGAUGCUCCCGUUUAAUCAAACGCGCAAGUCAAGACCACUUCAAGUGACUUCCUUUACUUCUUCCAGUGAUUUCCAACAACCACAGGAUUGCCUUUGAUCCCUAACACAGAAAUAAAAGGAGAGUUCUUUUGCUGAGAGGGGAGGAAAGGAAGAAAGAAAAGAAAGGGAAGGUCCGGGUUGCUGAGGCUGGGUGCGCUAGAACGACGGAAAGUCACGGAUCAUGCUUAUGGGAACUCCCGAUUCCGUUUCGAUAAGAGUGGCUCUGCCUGAUGCUCUAUCAUGACUGAUGGCGAGGGGAGAGCGCGCUUUCAGUACGCAGAGUGCCAGGAGCAGGGGGAGGUGCAGGAAGACGUGAGGGUUGCUGUAUCAACGCCACAUAGGAGCGACGGCCCAGGUCAUGAUGUUGACCCAGGAGGAGGCUGGGAUGAAGAAGGAAAGGACGAGGAGGUGGAAGAGAGGAGAGGGAGGAGUGGCAGUGGUUGGGGAGAGGGAGGAGGAGGAGAGGAAUGGAGCCCUGAAGUUCAGGAGUGUGAGGAGCAGGAACCGGAGCUGGAAGUUGGACCAACUGUGGGAGUUCGCAUCACAGCUCCUAUUCGAGAUCCAGACUGCGUCUCGGAGGAGGAGGAGCAGCAGCCGUACCCAGCCCUGGCUCCUGUAGCCUUCUUCUGUUUAAAGCAAACAACAAGGCCUCGCAACUGGUGUCUUCGCAUCGUUUGUAACCCGUGGUUUGAGCACGUGUCCAUGCUGGUUAUCCUGCUUAACUGUGUGACUCUGGGGAUGUUCCAGCCCUGUGAGGACAUGGAAUGCCAGUCAGAGUGGUGCCGCAUCCUACAGGUGUUGGACGACUGCAUUUUUGCUUUCUUCGCUGUGGAAAUGGUCAUCAAGAUGGUGGCCCUGGGAAUUUUUGGCUCAAAUUCUUACCUGGGUGACAAGUGGAACCAGCUUGACUUUGUCAUUGUCAUGGCAGGGGUGAUGGAGUAUUCUCUGGAAGGCCACAAUGCCAGUCUGUCAGCCAUCCGUACCGUUCGAGUCCUCAGGCCACUGCGGGCUAUCAAUAGAGUACCAAGUAUGAGGAUCUUGGUGACACUGCUCUUGGACACCUUGCCCAUGCUGGGAAAUGUCCUCCUCCUCUGCUUCUUUGUCUUUUUCAUCUUUGGCAUUGUGGGAGUCCAGCUGUGGGCGGGACUGCUACGGAACCGCUGCUUCCUGGGAGAGGACAUAAGAGCAAGUUACAACCUCUCUAUAGAUCCUUACUACAUGUCUGAGGAAGGUGAAGACAGCCCGUUUAUCUGCUCAGCUCCCCGCGAGAACGGGAUGCGGCGUUGUCACGACGUGCCACUCUACUCUGAGAACGGAGUGGAGUGCUCAUUGGCUGCUCCACAAAAGAGUUCUGCUCUGAUUGGAUCACCUGCAGUGGGUGGGGCCAGCUUCAACAACUGUGUUAACUGGAACCAAUACUACAAUGUCUGUCGCCCUGGGGAGCUAAAUCCCCACAAGGGAGCUGUCAACUUUGACAGCAUUGGCUACGCAUGGAUAGCCAUAUUCCAGGUCAUCACACUGGAAGGAUGGGUAGACAUCAUGUACUACGUUAUGGAUGCUCACUCCUUCUACAAUUUUGUAUAUUUUAUACUGCUCAUUAUUGUGGGCUCUUUCUUCAUGAUCAACCUGUGCCUCGUGGUCAUCGCCACCCAGUUCUCUGAGACAAAGCAAAGGGAGAACGCCCUGAUGAGGGAGCAGCGUGCUCGCUAUAUGUCCAAUGACUCCACGCUGGCCAGUUACAGCGAACCAGGCUCGUGUUAUGAAGAGAUGCUACGUUACAUCAGUCAUCUUUACCGCAAGUUGACACGCAGGCUGCAGAGGAUGUACUAUGGAUGGCACAGUAAACGGCGUAAAAAGGUGAACCCCAAUGGCAGUGGGGGAGGAAUUACCAGUGGUGGUAAUGGGCAUGGCCAGGGUUCUAGCAGGGGCUGUGGAGGUUCAGGCCCAGGCACUUCAUUGUGGCUGAGGCCAAUCCACAACCUCCUGCAGCAUCACCAGCACCAGCACUGUCGCCUCAGCAACGGCGGCCAGCACACCAUCAGCGUGGUGACCACAGAGCACAUGGAGAGAGAAGGACAUAUUGGGGGACUAGAGGAGCUGGAGAUGAAAUCCCUUCCUGUCCGCAGAGAAAGUACAAUUGGAAAUAUGGGCGAUAACCCAGCUGCUGUCACUCAGGGCAUGGGGGCGUUGCUCGGGAGAUUGAACGGAGGGAUGAACUAUCCAACUAUUUUGCCAUCUUUUGUGUGCAGCUACAGCAGUAAGACGCCACCCCCACACUCAAAACAGUGUGGGCCAAGUCCGGAGCAGCAUCCACCAAACCACCCAGCAUCUGAACACACAGAGACACUGAAUAAGCUUUACCAGCUGAUGGGACAGCACAGUCGCCGGAGGCUGCUGUUCCAGCUGGCAGGCGUGGUGCCCAGCCCUCUGCUUUUAGAGCUGCUCAGCUGUCCUCUGUGCGCCCGCAGCCUUGAGACCUUGGAACUGGAACUAGGAGACCUGGAUGGAGGCAAGGGAGAUGCUGAUGGACUGCACGACUUCCCUCAGGGGGGAGACCUGAGAGGAGGAAGAGGCCGAUUCCGACCACGCAGGGUUGUGGAAUACAGACAUGGAGCCUUUCGGGCUUGGAUUGACUUUCGGGAUAAGCUGAAGAGGAUUGUGGAAAGUAAAUAUUUCAACCGAGGGAUCAUGAUUGCCAUCCUUGUCAACACUCUCAGCAUGGGAAUAGAGUACCACGAACAGCCUGAGGAACUGACUGAUGUACUGGAGAUAAGUAACAUUGUCUUCACCAGUAUGUUUGUCUUGGAGAUGGGCUUCAUGCUGCUGGCUUUUGGCUUGUUUGGAUAUAUCAAGAACCCAUACAACAUCUUUGACAGCAUCAUUGUUAUCAUCAGUGUGUGGGAGAUAAUCGGCCAGUCGGAUGGUGGGUUGUCGGUCCUGCGAACAUUUCGCCUUUUGCGAGUGCUGAAACUUGUUCGCUUCCUGCCUGCCCUGAGGAGACAGCUGGUAGUGCUGAUGAAGACCAUGGACAAUGUGGCCACCUUCUGCAUGCUGCUGAUGCUUUUCAUCUUCACUUUCAGUAUACUUGGCAUGCAUCUUUUUGGUUGUAAAUUCAGUCAACAGCAGGAAAAUGGAGACACCAUCCCCGAUCGCAAGAACUUCGAUUCUUUACUUUGGGCCAUUGUCACUGUAUUUCAGAUUCUUACCCAGGAGGACUGGAACGUGGUGUUGUAUAACGGCAUGGCUUCUACAUCUCCAUGGGCAGCUCUCUACUUUGUUGCUCUCAUGACAUUUGGCAACUAUGUGCUCUUCAACUUAUUGGUUGCUAUCUUGGUUGAAGGCUUCCAGGCUGAGGGUGACGCUAAUCGGUCGGAGUCAGAUGAUGAAAAAAAAUCGGACAACUUUGAUGAGGACGAAAAAGUAGAACAGCUCAGAGACACAGAGCUAAAGAUGUACUCUCUGAUGAUGACAGCUAAUGGUCACAUUGACCCUCGUGGCAGUAUGGCUCCUCCAAUAAUCAUGCACACAGCAGCCACACCCAUGCCCACUCCAAAGAGUUCCCUAGGACCUGAGUCCGUUCUAGAGGAGGAACUCAUGUACAAAGAGGGUAUACCUCAGUAUGGAGAGGUUGGACUGGGUUUUUCUGAGGCAGGGAUUGGUCACAUUGAGUCUCGUCGUGGAAGUUCCACAUCCAUGGACCCAUCAGGUUAUGACCAGCGUUCCUUGAGCCUCUCAAGCCCCGGUCGACGCUCUCCUCUUCCCCCACGUGGUUCUGGCAGCUCAUGGGGAAGCCGCCGCUCCAGCUGGAACAGUCUGGGAAGAGCACCAAGUCUCAAAAGACGAGACACCAGUGGAGAGAGGGAGAGCCUAUUGUCUGGGGAAGGAGGUGAAGAGGAAGAUGGCCAGGAUGAAAAAGGGGAAGCUGGGGUAAACAGCAGAUUAAAGCCAGGGUCCUUGGAGCUGCUUCAGGCAUCUACUCUCUGCCCUUCCAUAAUAGGAGAGUACGGUGACUGCAAUGGAAGGACUGUGACAUACGACCCAAAUGUGAACUCCGACUCCAAAGAAGAUUUCUUGCCUGAGGAUGACAUAGAUGAUGAUAGUAAUUUUUGUUACUGGAUCAGGAGAGAGAUCCGUAACAUGAAGCCACGUUGGUGCAAAGAACAUGAAGACUGGACACUCUACUUGUUUUCUCCAGAGAGCCGAUGUCGCGAAUGGUGCCAAGCUAUAAUCUCUCAUAAGGUGUUUGACCACGUGGUUCUGGUUUUUAUCUUCCUCAACUGUAUCACUAUUGCUCUGGAGAGGCCCGAUAUACAGCCUCACAGCUCGGAGCGAGUGUUCCUGAGUGUGUCCAACUACAUUUUCACUGUGAUCUUCCUAGCAGAAAUGGCUAUCAAGGUUGUAGCUCUUGGUUUCUGCUUUGGGAAGCAGAGCUACCUCCAGUCCAGUUGGAACAUUUUGGAUGGAUUGCUAGUGUUUGUGUCUCUGGUCGACAUCCUGGUCUCUUUGGCUUAUAGUGGUGGAAACAGGAUCCUGGGUAUUCUCAGAGUCCUUCGUCUCCUACGAACACUUCGCCCACUGAGGGUGAUCAGCAGAGCGCCGGGACUGAAGCUGGUUGUGGAGACACUCAUCACCUCUCUUAGACCUAUUGGGAACAUUGUUCUGAUCUGCUGCGCCUUCUUUAUUAUCUUUGGCAUCCUGGGGGUCCAGCUUUUCAAAGGAAAGUUCUACCACUGUGAAGGUCUGGACACAAAAAACGUCACAAACAAAUCAGACUGUCUGCAGGCCAACUACCGCUGGAUACGAAGGAAGUACAACUUUGACAACCUGAUUCAGGCCUUGAUGUCUUUGUUUGUACUGUCAUGUAAGGAUGGCUGGGUCAACAUCAUGUAUGAUGGGCUUGAUGCGGUGGGAGUGGACCAACAGCCCGUGAGGAACCAUAACCCUUGGAUGCUGCUUUACUUCAUCUCCUUCCUACUCAUCGUCAGCUUUUUCGUCCUUAACAUGUUUGUCGGCGUGGUGGUGGAGAACUUCCACAAGUGCCGACAGGACCAAGAAGAAGAGGAGGCGCGCUUGCGGGAAGAGAAGAUGCUCAAAAGGAUAGAGAAAAAGCGCAGGAGUAAGGAGAAUGGAGGGGCUGAGGCCAAGCAGAAGCCGUACCAUGCGGACUACUCUCCCUUGCGGUUAUCCAUUCACACACUGUGCACCAGCCACUACCUGGAUCUCUUCAUCACCUUCAUCAUCUGCAUCAAUGUCUUCACAAUGAGCAUUGAGCACUACAAUCAGCCGCAGUAUUUAGAGGAGGUUUUGAAGUACUGUAACUACGUGUUUACCUUCAUCUUCGUUAUUGAGGCCCUUCUCAAACUGGUGGCAUUUGGCUUCCAAAGGUUCUUCAAAGACAGGUGGAAUCAGCUGGAUAUAGCAAUAGUGGCGUUGUCUAUCAUGGGCAUCACUUUGGAGGAGCUGAAAAUGAAAGCAGCAUUGCCGAUUAAUCCUACUAUCAUCAGAAUCAUGAGAGUACUCAGGAUAGCCCGAGUCCUAAAACUCCUUAAGAUGGCAAAAGGAAUGAGAGCUUUGCUGGAUACCGUCAUGCAAGCACUGCCACAGGUGGGAAAUCUUGGUCUCCUCUUCAUGUUGCUCUUCUUCAUAUAUGCUGCUCUGGGAGUGGAGCUCUUCGGCAAACUGGAGUGCAGCGAAAAAAACCCUUGUGAAGGUCUGAGUCGCCAUGCAACCUUUGAGAAUUUUGGGAUGGCCUUCCUCACACUGUUUCGAGUUUCUACUGGGGACAACUGGAACGGGAUUAUGAAAGACACAUUAAGGGAGUGUUACCCAGAAGAGCGGCACUGUCUCACAUACCUGCCCUGGAUAUCUCCAAUUUACUUUGUCACCUUUGUGCUCAUGGCCCAGUUUGUUCUGGUCAAUGUGGUGGUGGCUGUUUUGAUGAAACAUCUAGAGGAGAGCAACAAGGAGGCCAAAGAAGAUGCAGAAAUGGAUGCAGAAAUUGAGCUGGAAAUGGCGAGGGAGCGGCAGCGCAGACAAAGCACAGCUUCCAGCGACAGCUCAGCUGGAGGAACCUAUGUGGGACCAUGCCCACAUUCACCUGAACAGGAGGAAGAGGUGCAGUACAAAGAUCAAGACCUGCUGUCCACGAGGAAGAUGUCCGUAUCCAGGAUGCAUUCACUGCCAAACGACAGUUAUAUGUUCCGACCUGUGCGGCCCGCCAGCGCCCCCUACCCUUUGGAGGAGGUAGACGUCAAUCCCCAGCAUCAGCAUUCAGUCUUAGUGAUGUCGGUCCACUCCCAGCCCAGUGAGAGGCGCUCUCUGCUGCAGGUUCCAGAUGUUUCUCCUGUUCACUCUCAGUCACCCCCCACCCUCCCCCUGCCGCGAAUCGCCCCGCCAUCAUCGAGCCCCUCACCACAGGCCCUGCACAGACAGGUGGCAGUUAAAUUGGAUUCUGUGGAGUUGCAGGGUUGUGAGCAACAAGAGCGACCCAGCUCUGCCCAUCUGCCUCCUAUCUCCUCCUCACCUCUGCACCCUCCUUCUUCUACUCCCUCAAUGCUCUCCCUUCCACCCUCCUCCCCUUCUGCCUCUUCCCUUCCUCCAAUAACAUCCUGCCCCUCUCCUCUCUUGCCACCGCCCACUCCCCCAGCGCUUCUUCUCCCUCCGCCCCCUUCACCACGUCUGCCCUCACGCUCUGCCAGCCUCCGUCGACCCCGGCCGCCAUCCGCCGUCUCCCUCUCUGACCCUGCCGAUGAGGAGGUGUAUCACAUCACCAGCUCUGCCUCCCACAGAUGGAGAGAUGAGAAGGGAGGGGCACAAGAAGGCAGACGGAAAGCUGGCCGCAGUCACUCCCUCUCACCUUACGCUUUGCCAUGCUCUCUCGACCCAAGCUCUUUGUCUCCUCCUCCACCACUGCCACCUACGUCCACAAGGAGCACACUCAGUCUGCUUGGGGCAGGAUUAAAAGACAUCAGAAAAGGUUUCAGUGUCGACCACCAGGGCUACCUGGACAAACCGCCAUCACUAUCUGCCGGUCACUCUGAUGACCAGCGGCGCCACUCCAUUGAGGUUUGCCUUCCACAAGCUGUCACCAGUGAUAGCCAACACUUUACACUGGAGAUGCACCGGGGGGAAAAAGGUGGUCAGUCAUUUCCCAUGAGGGUGCAGUCAGUUGGUAGCAACCACAGAAAGAAGAAGAUGAGUCCUCCAUGUAUAUCCAUCCACCCACCCUCAGAUAAGGAGUAUCCACGAAUUGGCUCACCCCCAAAACUGGCAGAUUGCAGCAUGAUGCUGAGACGCAGGACGCCAUCCAAUGACUCCACACCAUAUAUACAGUCAAACACAUACAUGCAAGAUGUGUCAGCAGAAACGCAGAUCUGCACGCAGAUGCAAACCCCCCUGACACCUAUAAACGUACCUCUGCAAGCACAUUCACCAUCUACCCCGGCACACACGCUCACAUACACUCCACCGCCAGCAUCCACACCUUCAUCCCCAAACAUCUUCAUCCAGCCUCAUGCACCUCUUCUCCCACAUGCAAUGCCUUUCUCACAGGCACACCCACUCACCCCUGCUGCCAGGCACUCCCCCCUCACAGGGGACUACAUUCCCCUCCCCCAGUUCACCUUUGACCAACCACAGUCCAGAUACAUGAGCGGCAUGUCUGCGGGCGUAUCCGAUCCCGACACAGCCACCUGCUCUUCCCCUUUCGACAACAGACUGGGAAGCGGUACAGGAUUCAGUGCAAAGAAUCGGAGGACCGCUCAGUAAACACUUAAUAUUUCAUUCAGGAGGUGAAUUAUUUGGUUCAAAAUCCCUAAAGCUGGAGUACAGGGGCCUCGGCUGAAGUCUGCUGAGAUCGGUGCUGAGAGAAUGAAACAGAAAAGUUGACUCUGGGAGGUUUUUAAUGUUUGUUUUUGUUUUUAUGAAUAAUGAAAAAAUAUUGAUCACUCUUCCCAGAGAGAUCCUGGUACAGACUCUUCCCAGAAUAACAGACAAUGGAUUGAUUUUUCUAAACCUUGCUUGAGAAACAAAAGAUCCACUGAGGCUGUAUCAAUCAAAUGUACAUGGUGUGUGUGUUCCAGACUGAUAACUGAUCACACACCAGGACUAAAGCCACCUUACUCCGUAGCCAAAGUUUUUUCACACACUGUCCUCACCCACGCAAGCCAAUCAGGAAGCAGCGUCUGGCUGAUGACCACUGACCUUUCCAGGAAGUGGUUUUUGUGAAAUGCGAGCGUGGGCGGGGAAUCGUGGGAUAUGCAACUUCAGGUUUUCUACAGAAGUUCUGCUUGCCCCUCCUCUGCUCCUCGAUCACAUUGAUCAGAGCAGAAGUGUGUGUGCGCGUGUGUGUUUGUUUGAGCGUGAGUGUUCUUUUCUCUGUGUAAGAUUUUGUCAUAUUUGUUGUCAAGGAAGUCGGCCAUGUGUUUGUUACGCUUGCAUCGACAGAGAGGGGGGAGCAGGGCUGAGCUGUAGUGUUUGUGUAUCUGUGCAGUGUAAAUAAAGGAAAAUACUGUAUUUGGUGAGAUUUAAAAUAGCUCUAUCCAUAUGCACAUAUUUUUAUAGAGGUCUAAGAUGUUUUUGCACACAAAUCUGAACUUCGAGUUGCUUGUUUUCCCUCCGUUGUCCUCUCGUGAAUGUAUGUUUCUUUUGGAGUAUAAAAAAAAAAACAACCUGAGAGAGUGGUGAAGGAGCGGAGUUCCCGAAACUACAAGCUGAGGUUAAGGAGACGGAUUUUUAUUUUUCUAUUUUGAAAAAGAGACAGAGGAGAAUCGGUGUGUGAUGUGUUUCUGUAGCUUUAUCUCAUACUUAUAUGUACUUGGUGUCUGAAUUGCAGUCUUAAGAAGUGGGCUCAGUGAUGCAAGCCAAAUUCAUUUUACAUGAAUUUUUCACCUAUACAAGGGUGUGUCCUGUAUCUUUCUAAGAGGAAUUAAAGCCAGUCCUGAGUUUAAACUUUGAAAUGUGAAGAUAAAGAAACUUUACUUGUCUAAUGUUAAUGUUUAAUGUGCCUGUCUUUGUCCAGGCACAUUAAAAAAGAAAUAAAGAAAUAACCUGCAGGUUCAAAACAUCUAUUUGGGCAGCUAGUUUUGAGUCAGCACACAUAAUGAACAAAACCUUUCAUCCUUACAUGACAUCGCUGAGCCUCUCUUCUGUUACUGUUUUCCAGCUGUGACGCCGCUGUUUCUGUACGUCUAAAGACAACCAAACAAACUAACUUUUUAAAUAUGUGUAGCCAGAGUGCAAUAAUAUUAAUAUGAUAUACUUGUGGACAUUAUAGUAACAUCCACACGUCAUAAAACAGCCACAUUCUUGUAUCCAUAGAAAACUGCUAUAUAUAAUAUAAAACCUUUUUUUAUAUGAUGGUUGAGAAUAUUUGUAGUGUUUUUCAUGCCCUAACUGUGGCUGUGGUGGAGUGGGUGUGGCUGGAAACAGUGUUAGGUACUGUAGAUUUCUCCACAAGCUCAGGCCCACCUGCUGAUGGUGUUACUGUAGGCAGAAGAGUGACAUGCAUCUCUGCUUAGGACUCAAUAAGCCAUUUAUCAUUGCUGCAUUGUUUCUUCGUCCUCUUCAACCCGCUGCUUCACUUUACAACAGUGCAUCAUAUUUAUUUCCCACAUUUCAGCUGAGUUAAAUGAACCUUUUCUGCUGAUGGAAUCACACAACUUCUAAGGUGUGAAAGAUAACAUUUGAUAAGUAUUUUCUUUCUAGGCUGAAUGUUUUCUUACCAAGCCAUACCCCGACACAGUACAGCAUGUGUUUGAUUAUCUUUUGUGCACAGUCUGGUUUGGCCCACAAGAAGUAUGCUUAGAAGCUUCUAGCAUCUAAUGAAAUUUUUAAAGGCAGCUGGCUGGGACAGCGUCUUUAUUUCAUUUUUAUUAUUGUUCUCUUUUUUUUUUUUCGGUUUGUUUGGCAAUCAGCACCAAACAUGCACAAGUCCUCAGCAAUCUGAGUGAAAACCAAAGUGCUUUUAUGUUGUAUUAUAACCACUGAAGGCUUAGAAUUUUUUUUUUUUUGUUGUUUUUUGAUUUUUUUUUUUCAUUUGCUAAUUUGCAUAGAAGGGGAAAAAAAGGUCAUUUCCACCCAGCCAAUGAUUAAAAAUAAAAUUAAUAGACAAACUAUGGGACAGAGGGUUUCAAACGUGUAAAACAAUACAUAAAAAGUUCCAGGAAAAUGCUUCAAAUUCUAAUUUUUAAUGGAUGUUUUUAAAAAUACGAAUUUUGUAUUUAUUUUACAGAUGCAAAAGUUGCCUUAAAAGGCCAUUUAGUGAAUGCUGAUAAUUGCAGAAACAUGUGGGAUCAGUGAUGAAAGGUUAUCAUUCUUCUUUUACACUUUUAUUUGCCUUUCCACUCCCUCACUGUAUGCAUGUAGCGCGUAGAAAGGUGAGAUAAAAUACCACUAUCACAAAAAAAUAAAUAAUAA